UUUACUAAAAGUCGAUGGUACAAGAAGAGUAUUGAUACACAGAAAAUUAAUACUUUGGAUGUUUCUUUUGGAAUUAUGAUUAAUGCUGAAAGUGAAAGUUUUGUGAAUUUUAUGUGUGGAAUACAUAAUAAUGAUGAUUUGAAUCAGGAUCUUGAAGUUGAUAAUAUGAUUAAAAAGCGCCAAAUUUAUGGAGAGUGA